GCUGUUUAGUUCGCGUCGGCCUUGGCGUUAAGAGGAGUGUGUCUUCUGUGCAAGACGAAACUGUUAUGAAGUAGUGUAUCGUCUGCGCAAGGCGAACCUGUUACCAUGUCAGAUUUUGGUGUAUCAAACCAUGCAGCACUGUCUGUAGGUUAUCACUAGCAAAAUUAAAUACCGGCUACACAACAAAAAUAUGUAGGAACUUCAGUCAAGAAAAUGUGGAAGUAUUUAUUACAAACCAAAGCCUAACCAUGUGUUGGUGUACGGACUCUUGCCAAAAGCUAUGUUGGGAAGCGGCUGUCAGAUGUCCCCACACCGGCAUUCCUUGUGGAUAAGCAAAUAGUUCUAAACAACUGUCAGAACAUGCUAAAAAAAUGUGCGGAACUUGGUAUUAAGCUCCGACCUCAUGUGAAAACUCAUAAGACGGAAGAAGCAGCACUGCUCCAGACUGGUGGUCAGAAAAAAUGUAUCACUGUCUCAACAUUCAGAGAGGCAGAAUUCUUCGCAGAUUGUGGUUGGGAUGAUAUUCUAUUAGCAUUCCCUCUUGCACCUUUCCAUAUUGGUCGUGCCAAGUCACUAGCAGAUCAUAUCUCAACCUUUCACUUGCUGGUCGACAAUGUUGAUUCAGCAACAGCAUUGGCCAAAUCACCAAUACCUGCUGGCAAAGCUUCGUGGUCAGUUUUCAUCAAAGUUGAUACAGGAUAUGCAAGAGCUGGUGUUCGGUGGUCUGACACAGAAAUGGCUGUAGCAAUAUGUAAAGCCCUUCAGCCAUCAGUGAAGCUUCAGGGAUUGUAUGCUCACUGUGGAGAUUCAUAUCACACGAGCUCACUAACAGAGGUGUCAGCUGUGCGCAAUCGUGCAGCUGAGCGUGUAGUGAAACUUAGUGAGGAGCUUGUGCAGAGGGGUUUUGCAUGCCCAAUCAUUUCUAUUGGAUCCACACCAUCAAUGAGUGCCAGUGUAAAUGCUGAAGACCACAAAGUUUUGCAGAAGCUUAACGAGGCACAUGUAGGGAAUUAUGUAUUCUAUGAUCUUCAGCAGGCAUCUCUGCAUUCAUGUACCUUGGAUGAUGUGGCUUGUAGGGUUAUGACUCGUGUUAUUGGUCAUUACCCACAUCGAAAACAGAUGCUUAUUGAUUGUGGAUUCACUGGGCUAACCAAACAAGGACUGAAUGCUAAUAAAUUUGUUGCAGGAUAUGCCCUAUUUGAGAAUCAUCCAAAUCUAAAGUUAAUUGAAAUGUCACAAGAAGUGGGCAAAGUUGAAGGUGUUGAUGGUAACCUAGAUUUCGAUCGAUACCCAGUUGGAACUGAACUGUUACUGUACCCUUACCAUGCAUGUGCGACAGCAUCUCAACAUCCCGUUUAUUACAUUCACAAAGAUGGUCUUAUUGAAGAGGAGUGGAAACCUAUUAGAGGAUGGUAGCCCCGAGUAUGACUUUUAGUACUGUUAGUUAAAGAGCUUCUGUAAAGUAUUUUGUGCCUGUUGUUAAUUAUACCCAAUCAAGCAAAAAUGCUCAGAAUGAAACAUUUGUUAUCUAAUUAGAGCAAAACUCUGAUAUUUGAUCAGUGGCAUACAGUCUGGCUGACCAGCACUUCUGAUUAUAUGAACAAGUGCAAAAUUGAAUCGAUUCAAGGAUCCCACAAAAGUCUCCCAGUUCUUCUGCUACAGGAUUUGUAUGCUAUCCGAAAGAUGGGAGAAUGUAGUGGUCAGCGAUGCGCAAUACUAUGAAUCAUAAUUUUUUUUGUAAGUUUUUCACAAUAAAGCCCCGAACUUUGAGAAAAAACAGCAGAAGCAAAGUUUUAGACCUAGUAUUAAACAACAACGCACAGGUUUUAUGUUAAAACUGACUGUGAAGAAGAAAAUACUCUACUGUAAAAGACUGUGGUUUUGUUUUCUUUGUUGCAGCCAGUUUUAACUAUGUGAUUCUUGAGUUUCUCCCGGCGUAUUUGAUAAUCAAAAUAUCCACGGGUAUGCUGCCGGUCUAUAGUGUCCAAGGGGCACAAUAUUU